GAGAAUCUGAAUUACUCGUGUAUGGGAAGAAACCUCAGCUAUAUACCAGCCAGUAUACCCUCCUCUGUUCAAACACUGGAUUUCAGUUUUAAUGUCUUGAGAUACUUACAAAAGACUGUAUUCCCGGUUUUCUCCUUUCUGCAAGUUCUUGAUCUGUCAAGAUGCAACAUCAUACACAUUGAAGACGAUGCUUUCUACAAUGUGAAGAAAUUGACAGCUUUGAUUGUCACUGGGAACCCUGUUACACAUUUUGGACUUGAUUGCUUUAAUAUCUUACAUAAUCUACAACGACUGAUUCUUGUGGAUGUCGGUCUCACUUCCCUACAGUUUCAUAUGAACAAUCUGACCAAACUACAGGAACUUAAAGUUGGGACAAAUAACCUUCAGUCCAUGACUCUCCCUGCAUUCAUGAGCAGUUUUACAGACUUCAGUGUAUAUGAUCUACAUGCUAAUAAUAUAUCCAUCAUAAAAUCUGAUCACACCAUUGUACUGCGAGAGAUUGGCAGAAACAUGACAUUAAUACUCUGUAGGAAUCCUUUAUUAUACAUUGAACCAGGAGCUUUCAAAGACAUUUAUCUGAGAGAGCUGGACAUACGAUCUGCUUUUGUUUCAAAGAAUGCACAGAAAGUUGGUCUGAAAGCUCUUUAUGGACUUCAUGUUAAGAGACUGAUGUUUGGAAAAUACAAAGGUAAACGCGUGUUUUAUUCAUUGGACACAGACUUUUUAGAUGGCCUGUGCUCUAUACAUUUUCAGGAGAUAUAUUAUUACCUAAACGCAAGGCCCAGUGAUCAAAUUAAUAUGUUUCGGUGUAUGUUUAAUGCUACAAAGGUAGUGGUCAAGGGAAGCAAUUUUUAUGAUUUCCCAUAUCUGCAAUUUCAUGACAUUAAGGAGUUUUACUUGAUGUCUAAUCUAUUGGAGACUUUACCAGGUAGCAGACUUUCACAUCUUCACUCUUUAGAAAAACUAGUAAUAACGAACAGUGUUGAAAACAGCGCAACUACCCGAACUGAAGCCUUUAUAGAUUUGCCUAAACUUCAGUAUAUGGAUCUGAGCUCUAAUGAUAUUGCCGUAAGAGAAUGCUGCUCUGGAUUUUUGUUGGGGAUUCCUCAAAUCAAAUACUUAAAUUUGAGUAGAAAUUCACAAAUAGAUUUUUCAGCAGGAGCAUUUGAUGGUCUUGAUUCCCUUGAGAUUCUGGAUUUACACCAUACAAAGGUUGGAGGUGUGGAAUUCUUUUCAGGUUUAUCUUACUUAAAGAAUUUAAGUUACCUGGAUUUUUCUUACUCAAGCAUCACAUUUGCUAACAUAUACUGCUUUUUUGGGCUGAUCAGUCUGAAUGUUCUUAAGAUAGCUGGUAAUAGUUUUCACAGUGAUGUGUCAAGAUAUUUAUUUAAUAAUCUUACACAUUUAGAGUAUCUUGAUAUGUCGUACUGCCACAUUGACAAAUUACAUCCAAGCUCUUUCAAAGAUCUUCGAAGGCUUAAGAUUUUGCAUCUCAGUGGAAACAAGUUAAUGACUAUAGAUUUUCUGACCAACACAAAUCUGAAGAAAUUAACAUCAGUUUAUCUAAAUCAAAACAGCAUUACUAGUAUCUCACUUGAUGUUCUCCAGAAGUUGCCCACAAACCUUUCAGUGUUUGGUUUGUCCUUUAACCCCAUCGAUUGCUCCUGCACUCACACAGAUUUUAUUUUGUGGAUCAUCAAUCAUCAGCAGAUGUUGGAUCAGCCACAUAACAUGUUAUGUAAAACCCCUUCACCGAGCUCAGAUUUUACAGUAACUGAUUUUGACAUUAACAGCUGUGUGCACAGAACCAAACUCACAAUUGUUUUAUUGAUAUGUUUUGUGUUGGUAGUGGCUGUUUUAUCAGUCCUGGUUUAUAGGUUUCAGUUUUAUCUGAAAUACUCCUGUGUACUACUGAGAGGUUACAGGUCAGCCAGACAACAAGAAUUUGCCUAUGAUGCAUUUGUGAUUUUUUCAAGCUAUGAUGAAAUGUGGGUCAUGAAUGAACUGAUGGAAAAUCUGGAGAAUGGAGUUCCACCUAUUAAGCUUUGCCUUCACAUGCGGGACUUUGAAGCCGGAAAAUCCAUCGCCUCCAACAUUAUUGAUGAAGGAAUAAUGGGUAGCCGUAAAGUCAUUGUGGUUGUCUCUCAACACUUCAUUAACAGUGACUGGUGUCGCUUUGAGUUUGAAAUAGCUCAGUCCUGGUUUGUGAUGGAACGCAAUGCCAACAUCAUCAUCAUCAUUCUGGAAGAUGUGGAGGAGAGGAAGACGAAGAAAGUGUUUGGCCUUCAUAAACAUCUAAAAAAGAAUACAUAUCUGAAGUGGAGUAGAGACCCGCUGAGUAAAAUGAGAUUCUGGAUUCGACUCCGGAAAGCGAUUAUUGCCACAAAAUAAAUAAUUGAAUCUAAUAAAUGCAGUUUGAUAAAUUAUGUUACUUUAUUUUAAUAAGAAUUAACAGAGGAUGUUUAAAAGGGGUCAAGCACAAAUGGGGGGGUGUUGUUGCUCAUAACUUCCACAAUUUUUGUCCAAAUAUCAGACAAUUUGGUUUCCAUCAUUGCUGUCAUUUUGGAUUUUGUCCAAAAACAACUUUUGCGAACAACUUUUGCGGCUUGAUUGAACAAAACCAGUGCUGAAAUAUUCUUUGGAGUUUGAUUAUCAAUCAUUUAAAAAAAAGUUGAACUUUCGACUCACCACCAAAACGCAACACCCAAACAUUUAAUGGGGCAUAGCCUCUUAGGCUUAAUUGGCUAUAACUAAGGACCGGAAUGAGAAAUCAACACCAAACUUGGUACACAUGUGUAUGGGCCCAAUGUGAGAUCACAUGCAAAAAAAUUUGUUGCUUGACCAUGGCACUAUAACACAAUAUCAUACGAAAAUAGAUGUAGAAAUGUUGUACCGAUUGACUUGAAACUUGACAACUCUAGUCCUUGUACAAGAUACCGUCAAUGGUUAAAAGGACUUUCACAUAGCUCAAAAAACAUGGCUGCCAUUGACCAAUGA